AUGGCAUCCACUCAUAAGUCUCUCCAAGGCCGGGUUGCAAUUGUCACUGGUGGCUCCCGUGGCAUCGGAGCCGGCAUUGCACUAGAGCUGGCAAAGCGAGGUGCCAACGUGCUCAUCACCUACAACAAAGCCGGCGCUCAGGCGGCCGGGGUGAUCAACCAGCUUAAGUCGUUGGGUGUCGCCGCAGAAGGUGUGCAAGCUGGCGGCAGUGACCGAGAUUCACCGCGACGAAUUGUGGCCAAGUGCGUGGAGACCUGGGGUCACGUUGAUAUCAUCAUCAACAAUGCCGGUGCCGGUGAUGACUGCCUUCUGGCCGACUUGACCCACGAGCUCUGGGAUAAGAUCCUCGACUGCAAUCUUCGAUUUCCUACCUUCCUCGUCAAAGAAGCUAUGCCGCAUCUUGGUACCGCUCCCCGAAUUGUCAAUGUCUCCAGCGUGAUCGCCCGCAUGGGCGGCUCGUAUUCCACCGCUUACUGUGCGACAAAGGCGGCGCUGGAGGGAGUAACCAAAGUAUGGGCCCUCGAACUCGGUCAGAAAUAUGGUGCCACUGUCAACUGCGUCAACCCAGGUCCUGUGAAGACCGACAUGUGGUUACGAGACACCGACCAAGCUGUUCUUAACGAGUGGGAUAUUAAGAUGAAAGAAACUCCGGCCGGGGCAAGGAUAGCAGAUGUUGAUGAUAUCGCACAGAUUGUGGCAUUUUUGUCUGAAGAAGGCAGUCGCUGGUCGACUGGCAGUACGGUGAAUGCCAACGGUGGGCUUUGUUUUGUCUAA